GGACGGAGGGGUGAAGGCGCCCGUGGACGGCUGUGGGGGCGUGGACCGAGAGGUCAAAGCCCGGGCGCGGAUGGACACGGGCACUCAGCCCCGAGCUGGGGGCUUCGCGCUGCCCCCCUGGACCAGGAGAAGCUCCACUGCAGGAGCUGGCGCACAGGAGGCGGCUGGGCUCCACCUGUGGUGCUGCAGCCAGGCCCAGAGGCAGCAUCUGCUCUGUGACCACGGGACUUGCUAGGCUCCUCUCCGUCAGCCUGGCGUACGCGGUGAGUUCACACGCAGGCCUGGGUGCUGGCGACCUUUGGGUCUCCCUGAUUUACCACUGACCUUCAGAGAAGCAACACUCAUCUGGAGCCAUUCAAGCUUCCAGGCUGUUUAGCAAGUCCAGCCUCAGCAGCACCACUGGUCGCACAUGUUGAGGUGCUUCACGGACCUUCAGGAAGCAGCUGCUUAUGUCUCCUUUGCAAGGUGAAACAUGGAGCGUCAUCACCGCUGUGUAAGUUUUCGGAUGUCCUACUGUGUUACGUAAGCAAGGUCAGACUGCCCACUGCGAUCUGCAGGCGUGCGUGUCCUCCGUCCCCUCUCCUGGCCAAAACGGUGCUUACUCCAGCCCCGUGAGUCCUGAGAGCAGCCCACCUGGAGCUGCUCUCCCUGGAGCGCAAAGCAGCAGCUGACCUGGAUCCACACCUGGAGCUGCUCUCCCUGGAGCUCAAAACAGCAGCUGACCUGGAUCCACACCUGGAGCUGCUCUCCCUGGAGCUCAAAGCAGCAGCUGACCUGGACCCAGCCACUGAGGCAUGUUUCAGGGCUCGGGAGCUGCUGUGAAGGAGCCCUGGCCUGCGGAGGGAGGGACCCUUGAGCAGAUGACCGACAAAGUGAUGAACGGGCGGGUGCCCCUGCCUGAAAAGGCCUUGUCGGAGGGCUAUGCCCGGCUGCGGUACAGGGACACGUCGCUGCUCAUCUGGCAGCAGCAGCAGCAGAAACUGGAGUCCGCCCCUCCUAACACGUACUUGAGUCGGAGCCGGAGCAUGUGGUACUCGCAGUACGGCAACGAAGCGAUCCUGGUGCGAGACAAAAACAAGCUGGACGUCUCCAGGGACACGGGGCAAUCUAAGUUUUGUGCUAUUAUGUAAUUUCAGUGGCUUUGCAUCAGCAUGGAGACAAACGAGACUUGCACUGAGUUGGGAGAGUUUGCACCGUCCUAACGACAGGCCUGUGGCUGAAGCAGUGUGUGUAGGAUAGGUCAGAGAGGCUGUCUGAAGUUUACGUUUAUUUUUGCUGUUGGUAGCAUCAGAUUCUGCAUGACAUUGAGUGUGUGUAAUGAAAACAGUCCCGCUCAGGAAUUCACGAGACUGUGCUAGCUGCCCAUCAUCACUGGCAGGGUCCGUGCCAGAGCACGUGUUGCUCAUAAGUGGCUCGUGUAGCAUGAGUAACGCGCUGUCAUUUGGGAACCAUCCCCAGCAGCCACUUUCACUUGCUCGUUCUCGUGCAUUUUUGAAGUUCUGUAAAUGCUGGUUGGGGACAAGCAAAUCUGAGCUGAUUUCCGCUGAAAGGCAGAUUUUAGAAAGACUGUCUGCAAAAAUACUCAGCUGUUAUUUGUUCUGCUUGCCAUGUCUCUCCUUAAUUACUUAUCAGGAAACAGUCUGUUACGACCUGGUUAUGAAGUGGAAAGAUUUAUCUUGCAAAGGGAAGAAGGAAAAAAUGAUAAUUUUAGCUGAGCCUUCAAAAUAUCUAGCAGGAGAAAUGUACAACAGUUCUGUCCUGCGCAGAGCAAAAUGCCCUUUCUGAUGCCACAGUUGGGUAUUAGGGAAAUAACAGUAAAAGACAUAAUUUUAUGGAGUCAGGGGAGCUGACUCCAUUCACGCAAACAGAUCCCCAGCGCCAGGAAAGCUUGCACCAGUCGCAAGCAAUGCUCCGGGAAUGACCCCGCUGGAAGGGAGGGACGGGCCCAAGAGAGCAGCAAGAGAAAGCUACUGUAAACACACAUCUCCUGCGAAGGGCCGUAAGGAAGUUCCUGAAUAGGUACCUACCUGCAGUCAGAGAUCAGUUACAGAAGAAAAGAGUCUAUUCAAGUUUGUUUGGUGUUUAAAUCUUAAUGUAUGCAGUAGCUUGGAAGGAUUUAAUUCUGGUUGGGUAACACCACUUGUUUGGCACAUUUGGCACAUACUGUCUGGGAAUGUUUGUUUCAACUAACUGAAGGAUUUUAAGAUGGAAAAAAUACUACAAUUUUACCCUUUGGGUAAGAAAGCUGCUCUCAGGUUUUCAUUUCUAUUAGAGCUCCAACUCUGUAACUUCCUUCAGGGAAGAUCAAGCCCUGAAGAACUCGUGUCAAAUGCAAACUCAAUCCAGCGAGCACCCAAGUAUUUCCUGUAGACAUAGCAGCACUGCGUUCAGGGCAUUAAUUGUGUACCUAGAAUUAAGCAUUUAAGUACAAUAUUGGGCUGGUGUCACAGGUACCUGUUUGCGGCCUGCUUAGGACUUACCCCUGCAGCGUGCUGAGCCCGCCGUGGCUCACCCAGCAGAGUAGCUGGGUAUAUGCUUAACUUCAAACAAUUCGGGUUUUGUUGUUGACUUCGGUAUGGAUUAGUCACCUGUCUAGAAUUAGGCACAGUCAUUAUUUCUGUUUGUUAUAUUGAUCUAAAACCUCUCCCUUUAAACUUUUUUCAAGCACUUUAUUUUUGGGGGGUGGGGAAUAUAGCGAAGAAGAAUCUUCUCCACGUCUGCACUGUAUGGGUUAAAUGCUGAAACUGAGAAAUGCUAAAGUGAGCUGAUCUCGAUGCGCUGAGUAGAGCAUAGCUGUUCUGCAGCGAGAUCACAGGGGCUUUAUGUACUCGGCACUGAUGUUAACACAUGAAUUCACUGUAAACCAUGGGCAGCUCAUUUUUUAAUGUAAUUAUUUAUGCAUGUAUUGAUGUUCGAUACUUUAAUUUGCGUGCUCAUAAAGCUAAACCUGCUAAGAUGGACAUCGGUGCUUCGUGGAUCUGUGCGUUGUAUUGCACACCUGAGCAGUCCUCUCGAUCUUGCCAGGGCUAGCUCUGGCUGAGAAACAUUUGGGGGAAAAGGUGUGUUUCCACUGGGGGAAAAAAGCAUUUAAUGGGAUUCACAAAACUAGCUAGACUCAGAACUGCUCCCGCCGUGGCGGCAGCGACUCCUGUACAGAGGACGCUGGCGAAGGCAGAGCAGCGCCUGGGACGUGCCCCCCACCCCAGGGCUCCAGCCCUUGGCUGAGCGAAGGGGCAGGAGGCUGGUCCAGGAGCUCCCCCGGCCGCUGCAGGCAGGAGGCACCCUGGAGAGGCAGGAGAAGCGGGCUCGGAUCCUCUCCGGCAGCCCAGGGCCAAGUGAUAACUCGCAGUUUAGAGAACUGGGGAAAACAGCAGCAUUUCCUCAAAGCCAGCUGUUCAUUUUCUUUACUUUUCUUAUAGAAAAGAUGUUUUAAUUUUAUUUCAGUAUGAAAAGUUGAUUACUAUGGUAUAAUCAGUCCCUUUUUGUUUAUGUAUGUGGCUGGUAAACCAAAACUCAUUUAUUUAAGCAAUGUUAAUUAGGACUAUUCAAGUUACUCUUGAAGCUUAAGCGUGCGCAUAAGUUCUUUCAACCUUGAGGCCCUGCAUGACAGUACAGGGAAGCAGCGUGGCUUGUUCUUCCAUCUCUCUAGCUGUAAAUGUAUUAUUUUCCAUAUCUGUGUCCUCUUAUUAGUCACAGCAGGUUUGUGGAGUGGCUGCUAUGAAGCGAGCAUUUCUGUAAGCCAGUUCUGUAGUGCUGAUGCAUUUGUUUUAAAUGCAGUUGUAGCCUCUUUGGUAAAGUAAAUUAAAAUGAUUUGAAUGCA